AUGUCGAGAUUAAUCAGGGCGGGCCAGCUGGCCCGCCUCACGAGGUCAUCGACGUUCGCCCUCUCGACAUCGCCACUUCGAACAUCGUCCGCGUCGUUUGCGAGGAUACCGAGGGGCCGGGUGCUCGGCGCGGGUGCGUCGGUGGCGUGCGUGCGCGGUCGGUCUAGAUUUUAUUCCACCGCUCCUCCCACACCGCCUCCGACUCCCCCUGGAGAGGAUGGCAAGAAGCCAGAGGAGAGGAAACGCGGCGAAGAGGGGAAGGAUGUAGGACAAAAGCAGGAAAAGACGCCGGAACAGCAGCAACCCGGGGACGGAAAGACAAAUACGACCGAGACGCCGAAUAAAGAGGGAGAGAACGCGACGACGAGGGAACUUCCCGAAGGGUGGGUACGGUUAACACCGGAGGACAAGGCGGCGCUGGAGAAGGCGGUGGAUUAUGCGCCGGUCGGGCAGGCUGGUAUGCUGAAGUCGCUUAUCAAUGACUUGGAGAAGUACGGCGCGCCAAAGGAGCUCAUCGACAUGAUACGGGCCCCCAAGGAUGGAAAGGGCCCCACGGUGAAGGAGGCCCUCAAGUUUACGCGGCUCAUUCACAAGACUGCCAUCAAGAUCAUGGAAUUGCAGGCCAAGGAAGAAGAACAGAAAACUAGUGGACCCAAUGCGCAGCAGCAGGGAGGUGACAGGCAAAACAAGGACAACAAGGAUGGUCAGUCAGACGGCCAGGGAAGCGGCUUCUCUAGGAAGUUUGGCCCUUUCUCGGUCAAUGACUACAUCAUCAUGGCUGUCGCCUGGUUCGUCCUGUCGCCUUUCCUCGACAGGCUUGUCUUUGGCGACAGCAAGGAGAUAACGUGGCAGGAGCUCCAGCGCAUGUUCUUGGACAAGGGCUUGGUCGAGCGCUUCGUCGUCUACGAGAACCGCGUCGAAGUGCAACUAAACCGGGAGGCGGUGAGGUCCGUGUACCAGGGAUCUCAGUCUGUUGAUCCCAAUGUGCAGUACUUCUUCACCAUCGGAUCUCUUGACUCGUUCGAGAAGCGUCUCGACGCCGCCCAGGAUGACCUACAGAUCCCCACGUCGGAGCGUAUCCCUGUCAAGUACGCCACCAAGAGUCCUUGGCUCAAUCUAGUGCUAGCGUUUGGUCCUACGCUCCUCCUCGUCGGUCUCCUCAUGUACUCGACGAGGCAGAUGGGCGGCCGCGGCGGCAACCAGAUGUUUGGAUUUGGCAAGAGCCGAGCUAAGCAGUUUAACCACGAGACGGGCGUCAAGGUCAAGUUCUCGGAUGUCGCGGGCAUGGACGAGGCCAAGGUGGAAAUCAUGGAGUUUGUCAGCUUCCUCAAGACUCCCGAGAAGUUCCGAAGGCUCGGUGCCAAGAUUCCCCGCGGUGCCAUUCUGGCUGGUCCCCCCGGUACUGGUAAGACCCUUCUUGCCAAGGCCACGGCCGGCGAGUGCGAGGUCCCCUUCUUCAGCGUCAGCGGGUCGGAAUUCGUGGAGAUGUUUGUCGGUGUUGGUCCUUCCCGAGUGCGGGACCUGUUCGCGACGGCGCGGAAGAACGCCCCCUGCAUCAUCUUUAUCGACGAAAUCGACGCUAUUGGCCGAGCCCGUACGGAUUCCCGAGUUGGCGGAGGAAACGACGAGCGGGAGGCUACGCUCAACCAGAUUCUGACGGAGAUGGACGGUUUCAACACGACCGACCAAGUCGUCGUCCUCGCUGGUACUAACCGCGCUGAUGUUCUCGACAAGGCCCUCAUGCGACCCGGUCGAUUCGACAGGCACAUCUUCAUUGACCGACCUACGCAGAAGGGCCGCGAGGCUAUCUUCCAGGUCCAUCUCAAGAAGAUUGUCACGCAUGAGGACAAGGAGCACCUUAUGGGUCGUCUUGCUACUCUUACUCCUGGCUUCUCCGGUGCCGAUAUCGCUUACGUCGUCAACGAAGCCGCCCUUAUUGCCGCGAGGGCCAACGCCGACUCAGUAACGUUAAAGCACUUCGAGCAGGCUAUUGAACGACACGUUGGCGGUCUCGAGAGGAAGUCUCUAGUGCUUCGACCUGAGGAGAAGAAGACGGUCGCUUACCACGAGGCUGGACACGCUAUCUGCGGAUGGUUCCUCAAGGACGCUGACCCGCUGCUCAAAGUAUCCAUUAUUCCUCGAGGCCAAGGAGCUCUCGGAUACGCUCAAUACCUCCCUCAGGAUGCCUACCUCAUGUCUGUCCACCAGCUCAUGGACCGCAUGGCCAUGACGCUUGGUGGACGCGUGUCGGAGGAGAUCCACUUCCCUACGGUGACGACGGGUGCCAGCGACGACUUCAAGAAGGUGACGCUCAUGGCCACGAAGAUGGUGACGCAGUGGGGCAUGUCGGACAAGGUCGGCCCUGUGCACUUCGAGAAUGAGGGCCAGCAGCUCCAGAAGCCCUUCGCCGAGGAGACAGGCCAGCAGAUCGACGCCGAAGUCAAGAGGAUAGUGAACGAGGCGUACAAGAUGUCCAAGGACCUCUUGCUCGCCAAGAAGAAGGAGAUUGGUCUCGUGGCGGAGGAGCUGUUGCGCAAGGAGAUGCUCACCCGCGAUGAUCUCGUGAGGUUAUUGGGCCCCCGACCGUUCCCCGACAACCACCAGGAGUUCGAGAAGUACUUUGGCGGCAAGCCCGGGGAGGGGACGCCUCCGUUCCCCACAUCGGAGACGGAUACUCCUCCGAGCGUGCCUACUCAGAAGGAGGAUCCCGCCCCAUUGUAA